UGGUUUUUUGUUGUUGCUGGUUUUUGAGUUUUUAUAUUUUAGUUUUCUAGAACAAUAAUGCAAGUGUAAAUUCCAGUUAGGGAGCAUUUAGGCCAUAAUUCAAACAGCAACAGGAUCCAGCUACAGAUCCAGGAGGCAUACAUCAAAAGGCUGGCGAGGCAUGAGCAGAGAAUCCAGAAACGAAAGAAAGUGGACAAAAAAGAAUGCGGCCAACAAUUGGGCGACUUUCUCGAAAAUUCUCGUAGCACCGACAAGUAAAUCAGAUUGCCCCCGAUAGAAGCGAGGAGCUGGAUACAGGAUCCCGAGGAAUGGCAGCCGGCAGGGAACUCUACUGCUGGGGGAGCACCUCCCACGGACAAUUGGGACUCGGCGGGAUAGAGGAUGAGCAGAUCCUCACGCCCAGCCAGAUCCCCUGGUCACCGGACUCGGCCGUAAUGCAGGUGGCCUGUGGCCAUCGGCACACCCUCUUCCUGACCGCCAGUGGAAAGGUCUACGCCUGCGGGAGCAACGACCACUCCCAAUUGGGACACGAACUGCCCACCAAAAGGCCACGUAUGUCGCCAUUUCGUGGCCAAAUCCCGGACUCACUCCUCUGCCGACUCUUUGCAGUGCUCAUCCCCGAACUGCAGGACUAUGUCGUUAUCCAGAUCGCCUGCGGCAGCCGCCAUUCGCUGGCCCUUUCCGAUUGGGGCCAGGUGUUGAGCUGGGGCGACAACGACUGCGGUCAGCUCGGCCACGCCACCGACCAGGACAUCGUCCAGCUGCCCAAGGUGGUGCGCCAACUAGUCUCCAAGACGGUGGUGCAGAUCGCCUGCGGCAACAAUCAUAGCCUUGCGCUGACCAGUUGUGGCGAGUUGUAUUCCUGGGGCUCCAAUAUCUACGGCCAGCUAGGCGUGAAGUCGCCCAACGAGCUGACGCACUGCAACCAUCCCGUCCAGCUGACCACUCUGCUGGGAAUUCCUCUGGCCGCGAUUGCCUGUGGCGGCAAUCACUCGUUCCUCAUCUCCAAGUCCAGUGCGGUGUUCGGCUGGGGCAGAAACAACUGCGGGCAACUGGGACUGAAUGACGAGACGAACCGCGCCUAUCCCACCCAGCUGAAAACGCUGCGCACCCUGGGCGUUCGGUUUGUGGCCUGCGGCGAUGAGUUUUCCGUUUUCCUGACCAACGAGGGAGGAGUGUUCACCUGUGGAGCGGGCGCGUAUGGCCAGUUGGGCCAUGGCUUCAGCUCGAACGAGAUGUUGCCGCGAAUGGUAAUGGAGCUAAUGGGCAGCACCAUCACUCAGGUGGCCUGUGGCAAUCGGCACACCAUGGCACUGGUUCCAUCGCGUGGCAGAGUCUAUGCCUUUGGCUUAGGAAGCUCCGGGCAGCUGGGUACAAGGAGUACCAAGAGCCUGAUGCUGCCACAGGUGGUCAUCGGUCCCUGGGUGUCGCCUAGUGGUUCGGCCCUGCUGCAGUCCAACGAUGCAAAGGUCGCCGUGGUCAUCCAUCAGAUUUUCUCAGGCGGGGACCAGUCAAUUGUGACCACAACUCUUUUUAUGGACAAGAUGCCGCCAGAGGAUUUCAGAAACUACAAACCCAAAUCGCAGAUCCUGACCCUGACGGCAGAGGUCACAAAGCAAUGCGCCCAUUUUAAGCAGAGUGAUCAGAGCGAUAUGGAUCUGCUGAGCUCCAUUGAGCUGAUCUUCAAGAGUCAGGCGUGUUUGAAUGGUUCUUUCCUCUUGGAUCACGACAGACACUUUGGCUGCUCUGCUCGGAACCAUGGAUUGGAUCUCGAGGAGGCUCAACUGGCAUUUGACAAUCUGCGCGUGGUGGAGAAUGAAAGCAUUAAGCAGGUGAUCUGGGACAAUAUAACUAAGGAGCUAGUUGGUUCGCUGGUUGGCUCGCCGGCAGAUGUGGAGAGCAUGCGUUUAUAUCUCCUGCUACCUCUCUAUCAUGAGUUCGUGAACUCCAAGCACUACAAGUCACUGCAGGUUCCGUUCGCCAAUGCCAUAUUCAAGCUAACGGAGAAUCCGCGCAAGGUGCUGAUCAAGUGGCUGGCCCAAACGCCGGCCGAGUACUUUGAGCAUCUUGUCCAGAAUUUCUUGCACGUGGUUGUGCACAUAAUUAGCUUCAAAAUGGGCUUGGCUGUCGUCUGUCCCAGCGCCGAAAGGCGUCAGAGGCUGCUGCCAUACAACACCGAGCUGGAGGUGAUCCUGAAACUGAUGCAGACGCUCUGCGUGAUUAACAACCUGCGCGAAGACCGCCUCAACUACCAAACCUUCUACUGGCCUGAUCUGGCUGACUACGCGGACGUGCAGCAGGAGUACGUCAAGUGGAUCAUGGCCGACACUGCCAGCGAAUUCAACAUUUGCAACUUUUCAUUCCUCUUCGAUCCGUCUGCCAAGACGGCGCUGCUCCAGGCGGAUCAGGCGCUGCAGAUGCACUCUGCCAUGGCCAAUGCGGCCACUCAUGCUUUCACUUUGUUCCACUACGGCAUGCCCGUUUCCCAGUUCAUUGUGCUGAACGUGACGCGAGAGAACCUGGUGCAGGAUUCCCUUCGGGAGUUGCAGCGCUACACGCAGACUGAUCUCAAGAAGCCGCUGAAAAUCAAGUUCCAGGGCGAGGAGGCAGAGGACGCCGGCGGCGUUCGCAAGGAGUUCUUUAUGCUGCUGCUGAAGGAUCUCCUCGAUCCCAAGUACGGAAUGUUCAAGGAGUUCGAGGAGUCGCGUCUACUUUGGUUUGCAGAUCUCACCUUCGAGACGGAGAACAUGUACUUCCUAAUUGGCGUACUCUGCGGCCUGGCCAUCUACAACUUUACGAUCAUAAACUUGCCAUUUCCGCUGGCUCUGUACAAGAAGUUAUUGGGCAAGCCGGUGGAUCUCAGCGAUCUACGGCAGCUCUCGCCGCCGGAGGCCAACUCCAUGCAGUCGCUGCUCGACUACCAGGGAGAGGACUUCAAGGAGGUCUUUGAUCUGACCUUUGAGAUUUCACGCGACGUGUUUGGCGAGGCAGAGACCAAGUGCCUCAAGCCCGGUGGCAAUGAGAUAGCCGUGACGCUGGAAAACAGGAAGGAGUUUGUGGAUCUGUAUGUGGACUUUGUGUUCAACAAGUCCGUCGCUCUGCACUACACUGCAUUUCACAAGGGCUUUAUGAAGGUGUGCUCUGGUAGGGUUAUUCAGAUAUUCCAGCCGGAGGAGCUGAUGGCCGUGGUGGUAGGAAACGAAGACUACGACUGGCAGGCACUGCAGGAUAACUGCGAGUACCGGGAGGGCUACACUUCGGGCGAUGAUACAAUCAAAUGGUUCUGGGAGGUCAUUCAUGAUCUGUCGGAGGCGGAGAAGAAGAGUUUUCUUCUCUAUUUGACUGGCAGCGAUCGUAUACCCAUCCAGGGGAUGAAGGCCCUUAAACUCACCAUUCAACCCACCCCGGACGAACGAUUCCUGCCCGUGGCUCACACCUGCUUCAAUCUGCUGGACCUGCCGCGAUACAAGACCAAGGAGCGCCUCAAGUACAAACUACUCCAGGCCAUCCAGCAAACUCAGGGCUUUAGCCUGGUCUGAUCCUGGCCCUCUCGCAAAACACAUUAACUUUCAACUACAGGUAUUUUUGCAAAGCUUUUCGUUACUCGCAUUUCUGGAUUGAAGACGACAAACCACUCUUGGAACACACAUUUAUCGGCGAUCAAAUCAAUAAGUAUAAUGUUGUGUUAUGGCUUUAAACCCUAGACUAGUUAUCAGUAUCACAUUGUUAUGGAAAGGAAGGCAGUAAAGGAGGAGAAAUAAAUUUGGUGAAUCAGUCUGCAGACGAUAAUUAUAA